AUGAAAGAUGUCGUAGCCAUUUGGGAUGUUAUUUUAAGUGAUGGAGUUCACAAGAUUGAAUUUGAACAUGGGACCACAUCAGGAAAACGAGUUGUAUAUGUGGAUGGGAAGGAAGAGGUAAGAAAAGAGUGGAUGUUCCAGUUGGUGGGCAAAGAAACCUUCUGUGUUGGACCUGCAAAGACCAAAGCCACCAUCCAUAUACUUUCUGGCAAAGGUUAUGUUUUUAAAUAUACUCUGGAAAUUGAGGGGAAAAGCUUCAAGAAAUUCGUGGAGAACAGAUCUAAAACCACCAACACCUGGGUAUUGCACUUGGAUGGCAAGGACUUUAGAAUUGUUUUGGAAAAAAACACUAUGGAUGUAUGGUGCAAUGGUAAAAUAAUAGAGACGGCGGGCGAGUUUGUAGAUGACGGGACCGAAACACACUUCAGCGUGGGGAACCACGGCUGUUACAUAAAGGCCGUCAGCAGCGGGAAGAGGAGAGAAGGGAUCAUCCACACGCUCAUUGUGGAUAACAGGGAAAUCCCAGAGCUCACUCAGUGACGGCGUCUUAGUGAGUUCUGAGCUGAAGAGGUGACCUCAGGGCCCGCCGAUGGCUGUGGUGAUUAAAUGUGCU